UCCAAACCUCACGAAGAAACAAUGCUAUUAAACAUCUCAUCCGCUCCAAUUUCUCAUCGAAUACCUAGCUUCCUCUCCAAGCUAAACAACCCAUCCAAAACCCACCUCCCAAAAUCUCACCUUUCCUUCACUUUCUUCAGAAACAAAUGAAACCCAUACGAUGGUGAAAGGAUCAGUUAUAAACCACGAGCUCUCGCCGGAUUCGAUAUUGGAAGUUUCGAGUCAGUUCUCGAAGCUUCAGCUGUUCUCACAGCGAUCAUAGUCGUCCACGAAACAGGUCACUUCUUAGCCGCUCAUCUCCAAGGCAUCCACGUCAGCAAGUUCGCGAUAGGUUUCGGUCCCAUCCUAGCUAAGUUCAAUUCCAACAACGUGGAAUACUCUCUUAGAGCUUUUCCUCUAGGCGGGUUUGUCGGAUUCCCUGACAACGAUCCAAACAGUGGAAUCCCUCUGGACGACAAAAACCUCCUCAAGAACCGACCUAUUUGGGACAGAGUGGUUGUGGUCUCAGCUGGAAUCGUAGCUAACGUGAUCUUCGCUUACGCUAUAAUCUUUGCUCAAGUUGUCUUCGUUGGCUUACCGGUUCAAGAAGCCUUUCCAGGAGUUCUUGUCCCUGACGUUAAGUCUUCCUCUGCUGGUUCUCGCGAUGGAUUGCUUCCUGGAGACGUUAUCUUAGCCGUUGAUGGCAGUGAGCUCUCCAGCUACGGCUCUGACUCCGUUUCCAAGGUUGUUGACGUCGUGAAGAGCAAUCCGAAUCGCAGUGUGUUGCUAAGGGUCCAGAGAGGUAAAGAAGGUUUCGAUAUCAUGAUCACACCUGAUAAGAGUUUCGACGGGACAGGGAGAAUCGGUGUUCAGCUAUCACCGAACGUGAGAUUCUCAAAGGUGAAACCGAAGAACGUAACAGAGACUUUUAGUUUCGUCGGUAGAGAGUUCUUUGGUCUCUCUUACAAUGUUUUAGACAGUUUGAAAAAGACUUUCCUCAACUUCUCUCAAACCGCUAGCCAAGUCGCUGGUCCGGUUGCCAUCAUUGCGGUUGGAGCUGAAGUAGCGAAAUCAAACGCGGACGGGCUAUACCAGUUUGCGGCAUUGCUGAAUCUAAACCUUGCGGUGAUCAACCUGUUGCCGUUACCGGCUCUAGAUGGCGGAACAUUGGCUUUGAUCUUGUUGGAGGCGGUUCGAGGUGGGAGGAAGCUACCGUUAGAGGUUGAACAAGGGAUCAUGUCGUCUGGAAUCUUGCUUGUGAUAUUUCUUGGUUUGUUUCUCAUUGUCAAGGACACGCUUAACCUUGAUUUCAUCAGAGAAAUAUUGUAAUCUCGUGCAAGGGAGUAUCAAAUCAUAGAUGAGUCAUCAUCAAAUGUCUUAUGAUCCCACAUACAAAAACGUUUAUAUUCUGAUA